AUGAAAGUGUUAAAAGACAUGGCUGCCACAUUACCCGACGACGGAGAUCUAGAGGAAGUUAUGCUUAUGAACCAUCCUGUAAGAAAAUCCUCCACUCGAAGAGGCGAGGUUAGCUAAAACUUUCGAAGACGAGGACGAAUUUUGAUCAGCAUCGCCUGAAUUUGUCUUCGUCCAGCAAUCUUUCGUACCUGAAUCGUACCUUGACCGUUUUUCUUUUGCGAUUAAGUAACUGUGAUUGGUUGAAAUUUAUCCGAUUUUCGAUAUGUCUUGACCUAUGGUUUUUAUUUAACCUUUUUUUUUAAGGAAAGGAAACCGCUUUGUACAGAAGAAAGUGAACCAACUUCAACAUCACGAGAAAACAUUCCCCCAGCUCCGCCGAAGAGCUUUUUGCUGCUUGACGAAACGGAAAUUCUUCAGGUAACCUUGGAUGGCGAAUGCAAAAUAGUGAUCAGUGAUUUAUCUAAACCUUAAAAGAUGUUAAGAGUAUUUGAAUUAUCCAAGACCGAGGUUUUCUCUUAUAACUAACUCUUAUAACCAGGCCGGACCAACACUCAAGGUCUUAAAAUGUGCUACCUUUCUAUAAUAUCAAGACAUGGAUAGAAAUUCUAGUCUACUCGGAUAAGGACGAACAAACCGUAGGUCCCGUCUCCUGCAUCUAUUAAUAAUUUGGUUAGGCAAGGGACGUUAAAGAACCCACUCACGAGAUUACUAUAAUGUGGUCUGGCCUGUAAAGUAUAGUGUAAGGUAGAUAGCAGGUCCACAUCAGCAACAGCUGCUACUUAUUCAACCUGCUUUACCAAAUAAAGGAUGUAUGUAUGUAUUACUUCGCUGUGGAUACUGUAUUUAUGUUGACAUAAUAAAACCGUUUACAACUGAGAAUUGACAGCCGUGAUGAUAAUAAACAAAGCGACUUGUUAAGGAGUGAUUGGUAAAAAUUCAUUGAAGAACUAUUUAAUAGUUCAAUGAAAUAUUUAGAAAAAUAGGAAAAUGAGAAUUAAUCACAAAGAAGACUGUAUUUAUAUAAAUGAAGAGUGUACUAAAAGUUUGUUUCUUUGAUUGCGUAGAUAGAGCUUUGUAAGACAGCAUGGUUAUUUUUUUCAUUUGAUCAUGACAAAAACUAUUAAUUGAUCUGUAAUGAUUAUAAAUAUGGCUGCCAUUUCAAGUGUUAGCCCAUCCUUAGAGCGUUGGCCCAUUGGCUCUGAAGUAGGGCUGACACCUGAAACUUUAUCUUUAGAAACUCUUUGCAAUGGCCUGUUUACAUUAUCAACCCAGUUUAUAAAAACCAAAUGAUAAUAACUUUAAUAAUAACUCCUUCCCCUACAAAUGCUGUGCCACAGUUUCAUUGGAAACCUACUUUCUUUAUUCAUAGAUCUCAUAGAUCUCUAUACAAUUAUAGCUUUGGAUGUUCAAUGUUACUUAUGUAGCAGGAUAGUGCUUUGGAAAGGAAUUCUGUAACAUGGGUUAAUGUGGGAAUUAUGUAUCUUUUGAGCAAGGCUAUUUAAAAGUCAGUUAUCAAUCACUGUCUUUUUGUAUUAGUUUUGGUAAUUACAUUAAAUGCCUUCCAUGUCAGAUUUUUAGUAUUUACAAAUAUGUCUCUUAAGGUAUAGUAAAUACUUACAAGGGUCACCACUCUCUUCUUCAGGUGCAUACAGUGGAGGACUUCAUUGCAAAGCUGUCAUGCCAUGGUGAUACAAGCAUGAAAGUUGUCUCCAUAUUUGGUAACACAGGUGAUGGAAAAUCGCACACCCUUAACCAUGUCUUCUUCUGUGGCAAAGAAGUAUUUGGAACUUCACCAUCGCAGCUUUCCUGCACAGUGGGUGUUUGGGCUGCUUAUGAUGAGGGUGAUCGGGUAAUUGUCUUGGAUACAGAAGGGCUAUUGGGUAUGUCUGGAAAUCACAACCAACGCACAAGGCUCUUACUGAAGGUCCUUGCGAUAUCUGACAUUGUCAUCUAUAGGACAAGAGCUGAAAGGCUCCACACAGACAUGUUUACUUUCUUGGGAGAUGCAUCAGAUGCAUAUCUAAAACAUUUUACCAAGGAGCUGAAAGAUGCAACAGAGCGAUGCCAUAUGGAUGUGCCUCUAUGUAGUCUCGGUCCAGCUGUGAUUAUCUUUCAUGAGACACAGCACACUCAUUUACUAGGAGUGUCACAGAAUGAAAGUAAUCCAUCAGGUUUGGAAAAAUUUUGCAAUUUGUUGAUAAAUUACACUGUAAUUCCUCUUACUAAUAAAUGCUUGGGCGGGGUGGGGUGCUUGAUGGAAGUAGGGCUCUUGACAAAGAGGGGGGAAGGGUGUUUACUACUCUCUUGAACAGAUUCUGUUUCAUGUGUAGCAGAAGCUAAAAAGGUAUUACAUAAAGUGACAGUAGAAACAGGCUUUCCUACCAUUUUAAGAAAAUGAGGGAGAAGGGGCAAUAAUUUGAGAGGGGGGCUUGUUUAAUAUAAUGGCCCAGGGAGUAGGCACUAAUAGAUAUUUCUAGGGGAGGAAACCUAUUAGAGGGUGGGUGCCUAUUUGAAAAUAUAGGUACAGUAUGUUACUUGGUUUUAAAAUCUGAAGUAUUCUGAAGGCUGAAAUGUAAAUUAUGAUUUAUUUUCUGUUCUACCACUUUAAAAGUCUUGUUAUAAUUUUCUUACUGAAACAGAAAAUCUGAAGAGUCCUGAUGAGAUUUUAAAGGAGAGAUUUGCAAAUAUAGGAAGAAUUCCUCAUGCAUUUAGUUCUAUCAAGUACCUAGGGACAAGAACAGAGACUCCACCAACAAACUUCAGGGGAUUGAAGCAAGCUGUAAAAGAAUGUUUAGUUGACAGCUCUGUGCGCUUGUCACGCUCACCAACUAUCAUUUAUAAAGCUUUGAUGGUAAUUAUUCUAAAUUUGUUGAAAACUUUGACACCUAAGAGUCACUUUAGGCAUCCUACUUCCCCACAGAAUAUCACCCCUGAAUCACUUAAUGUUCAAGCUCACCUAAAUCCAAGAUGGUGUCUAGUUAUCAAUCAAGAUGCAUGUGCUGCAUUUUGGAAACAAAUGUAACGAGGAAGUUUGCUGUGGAUUUAUCUUUACAAAUCUUUUUAAUUCACUAUAUCUCUAGGUAAGGUUAUGAUGAAACAUUCUAGUCGCCAAUUUGGCGACUAAUUUUCAGGAUUUGAUUGCCAAAGUGAAAAAUUUAGUUGCAUUGGUGCCUGUAUUAAGCGCAAUUUCACGUCCUGCUCCUUGUACCCUUCCUCUGAAAUCUGUACAGGAACAAAUUAUGAGAGGGGGGGGUUUAUUAAAUUAUCAUUAUGAUAAUAAAUUAAAUUUAUGAUGAUCAUUGUGUUACUAGUUUUUUUCAUUCAAGUUUCUUUGCUUUCCUUUUCAUUAGCUCCUGAAUGAGAAGUUCAGUGGGGACAUUGAGAGAACAAUACCAAACACUUUUCCUGAUGAAUAUUUCACUUGCCAGGCAUCAUGCCUCUCAUGCAAGUAAGCACAAAUUUUAUGGCUAUGAUCAUGUAGGCUAACUGUCCAGCCAAGGGUGGUCCUGCUAUCUGUGACAGUAAGCAACAAAAUCACCUGAAACGAAGUCAUCACCCAAGUCAAUUGAAAAGUUCUUUGUGUGUUUAUUGUUGUAUUCCUUAAUCCUCAAGAGUUACAGGCAUCUGAUUUGUCCUAAAUUUGAUACCACAGCUGAGUUGACAUUAAGGUCAUGAGAAUAAAGGAACAUGAUCGUCAAUUAAAGAUUGAAGCUAUUGAUCAUUUUAAUAAAUUCUUCUUAUUUGCACCAUAGGAAUUGUAUAGAGAACCGUGUGCAGAAUAUACAAUUGUAUUAGUGUUAGAAUGUGAAGGGUUAAGUUGACUUUUUGCAAGUCAUAUAUCUUAAGCUUUGAAUUUAUUGUUUUCUGGAAAUGUGUUCAAUCAUUUGGCUUAUUAUUAACUUUAUGAAAGUUUUGUACUUACAAGGUUUCUCGGUGCUUUCUAACAUGAUUAUCCUUUUUAACUAUGGAUAAAAUUUUUAUUUGGUUUUCAUACUUGUAGAACACGAUGUCAAAAGAGCAUGAAUCAUGAGAACGAUGAAUCAUCAGCACACCACAGUGAUGUCAGAUGUCAAUAUCAAGCCCAGUUUGACAACAGGAUUUUUACUUGUAGGGUGAGCUGUAAAGCAUAUCUAUGCAUAUUUUUCCAUCUCGACAGACUCUUGGAGUUCUUGCCAUAAACUUUCUUCACCCAAUUUAUCCCUUUAACUCCCAUGAGUGUCAGAAUUUCAUCUUACAAUAUCAACACAGAAUCAAGCAGACAAGUGACGAGAAUAAGGAAAAAUGUCAUCAAGGAGAUUAUUAGUUGAUCCAAGACCAAAUUGUUCAACUAUUGUAACAUCAUAAGAAUUACAUGGCAGACACCAAGAGGAAUUGCUAAAUGGAGAUCUUGGGAGUGAAAGGUUGAUUAUUGAUUUCUAGUUUCAAUGGUUAUAGUGUGCUUGCUUGUCAACCUUACCAAUACUGUAAGCUAUAAAUUAAUGAGCUUAGAUUACUCUCUGCCUUUGUUGUCACACUUACUUGUGGUAUUCCUGUAAAUGAUUUGUUGGAUAUAAACAACAUACACUGUAUAUGAUAAUCAUAUGAUUACUUUUUGAUGUUGUUUUAAUAAAGGCCUGUUAUGAGAGGGGAAAACAGAAUUUGGUUGUUCCAAAAAUGUGUUCCUCCAAUGAUUCAUCCUGGCUUGGAUUUGCUAAGUAUGCCUGGUCUGGGUAAGCACUUGCAAUAAAUGAUUCUUCAUAAUGUUUAAAAAGUUUGUUUACCUCUAAAAUCAUUUUCUCUUAUAAUUACGGUGCUUCAAAAAUACACUCAGCAGGGAAUUGAAAAGGAUGGGGCAAAUGAUGUACAGUUUGUGCAUUUAGGAUUAAUCCACACGUUAAUCACAACAAAAAAAUUACUAUGAUUAUCAUCAUUAUUGCUAUUAUUGUUAUUACACAUUAUUUAUUAUUUCAUAUCAUUUAUUAUUUCAAAAUCAUCUGACGGACAUGAAGAGAAGUAAGGUCCAAUGCAAAAUUUUUGUAGAAGAGCACAUCAGUGCUUCCUUUCUUCUUUGAUGUUCAAUGUGACUUCAAUUGUUUUUGUCUCAUCAACAAUGGCACGUUUAUAUACAAAUACAAACAGUAGCAUGUUUGUAUACAAAUACAAAUGAUGAAAUAAUUGAGAGGUUUGAAUGCAAGCAUGAUCUCUCCCAAGUUUUUAUCUUCUGGCUCCCUCCAUCAUGGACCAAACAAACACUUUUUAAGAUGAAUAAAUUUGUAAAGUUAUCGUCUUCAGUUUGGUUAGAGAAAUUUGCAUUCAGAAAAGAGCACUGGUUUUUGGAAAGGGUUUUUCUACUCCUUCACUGACUCAAGCCUUGGAUCAAUCAAGCCCUAGAAUUUCAAAUAACAGUGAAGCUGAUUAUACAUUGUCUAACUUGAAUGUGCUAUCCAUUGAUGUGAAUCGCUAUGUCACAGCUGAUGUCUCUGUGCAUGUCAGGCUAUCUCAAGGUGCCAUAAGAUCAAAUGGCACAAAAGCCCUUUUACUUAGUGCCCAAACACUUUUGCAGCUUUCAAUGUGGAACUAAUUGAUGAUCUAACAUUCAAGCUCAAUCCCGGCUCAUCAUUAGAUGGAAAAAUUCCAGUUAUUAUCUCCAUGCGAACUCACCGCAGUCGAACACAGCCAUCUAUUGUUUCAUGCAACACCUAUGGUAUAAUGCCUGGAUCAAAUCAUGGCCAUUUGAAGAGUGUAAACAUACAAAACCUCUCUCACCUCAAAUGCACUAAGGGUUCAAAUAACAUUGGUGGCUUUGUUCCAAUUGAUUUCUGCCUUAUUUAAUACCAGAUGUAUGUAUGUAACAAUAACAUGGUUGGUCCAAAACAAACUGAAGCUAAACACAGGAAAAAUCGAGCUACUUGUUCUGAAUGCCAGCCAUUGCCCAUGCCCGCCAUGAGCAUAUGGAUAUGGUGCUAUAGAAAUCCUUAUUAUUUUUAUUAUUAUUAUCAUUAUUAUUAUUAUUGUUAUUAUUUGUAAUUAACAAUUAUUCACAAAAGUGGAAGUGAUUAGAGAUGGAUAUUUAUCUCACCACUUUGCAGAUCAGUUAAUCUCCAAUAAUGACACUGAGUAGUGUCGCUGAUGAAUUUUUACUGUAUACUACACAGAUACCAAAAAUCAGUAUAGUCUUCUUUAAUAUACUGAAAAAUAGUUGGAAAUUAAACCCUAUAUGCAACUUGGUCUCUUUCUCUGCUUGGAGGUAAAUAUUACUUGCUAUUCACUUCCAAACCUGCCAACUGUGCACACACAUAAAGCACUUUUCACGUGUGUGGUAUAUAAUUAUAUACUGACAGUUGCUAUCAUAUGAUAAUAAUAUACUUAGUUACAGUGGUGUGUUUAUUUAAUAAUAAUUAUCAUCAUUUGUACCAAUACCGAGAUGUUACUGUUCAACUCUAAAACUUGCCAUGUGUAGUUGUCAGGGCCCCCACAAAUUUACAUGUUCAUGUAACUCUGUAUUUAUAGGAAGCCAAACUAGUCUGGCUCUUACGGAAACAUGUACCAGAAUUCAAUUUCUCAAGUCAGCAGAUUUACAAGUCUUAUACCUUUUGACCCCUAAGACUAACUAACAACUAAUUCUUCAAGGUCAUGCAAAGAACCAAGAUGACUCCCAGUAAGAGAGCUCUUUUAAAACAAAUUCUCCAUGCCAGUACUGUUUAAUUUACAGAGAAAAGCAUGAAUAAUAUGCAUACUGAUGUUAGGGUGUAGAGGGUUAAAUUAGUUUUCACUGUAAUCUCAGACUGACUAAAUCUGUUAUCGGCAGGUAUGUUCUGGAGUGCCCAGGAUGUGGUGUAAUCUAUCGUAGCCGUCAGUACUGGUUUGGAAAUGAAGACCCAGUUAAGACUGUGGUCCGGACUGAGCUUCGCCAUGCAUGGCCUGGGGUGAGGUUUAAAGCUCGACUACUGACAAUAAAUCUAGCCACUUUUUCCCCAAUAAUUCAUGAUAAUCUGUCACAUUGCCUAAAGAAACAGUUCUUUUGUGUUUGAGUAAUAUACCACAUUUUCUAUUGCUUUACCAUCAUAAUAACCAUGCAGUAUGUUGGGAGAACUCAUGAAAAAUUUGUAAAUCACAAACCGAAGUGAUUUAUAAACUAUUCCAGUGUUCACAACAUCCCAAAAGGGCUAUUAAGGCAGUAAAGCAAUAAAAAGUGUGGUCUAUUCCUUCUAUAGAAUAAAGUUAAAACAAAACACAGUUCAAUUUUCUAUGAGUUUUAACUGAACAAGUGCAAUAAAUGAAAGGUUUUUGAUCAAAAAGUUCUGGUUAUUUCAUAAAGAAAAUAUUCUUUUGCACCUUUUAUUGUAACACACUUUUUGUAUUCAGCAAGUAUUUGCAAAGCUGGAUGGUGGCCAUGCAGCCAGACGGUUUUUGGAUCAUAUCAGCUAUGUCACUGAUGCAGUUAGCAGUCUUGGUACUCCAUCCAGUCAGGCAGUGACCAACUGGAUCACAGACAAAAUAGCCCCAGAUUAUUGGGUGCCAAAUUCUGAAAUAACAGUAAGUUAAAAAAAAAUUGGCUCAGUUUGCAGUUAACUGCCUCUACACUGCAGUCAUACACGAUGAAGUCAAGGGCUCAAAAUUACAGCUUAAGAAACCUGUUACAGUGGCCAAUUUACAUUAUCAACUCAGUUGAUAAAACCAAAUUAUUACGUAAUACCUCUCCAUUGACUCAGUGCUACAGCUUCAUGUAUUAGAAACUUACCUCCUCUAUUCAUGCGUGCAAAGCCUCUCAGUUGGCAGUAUCACAGCAGAUUAAAUGUCACUGUCUGCACUGUGCUGAAAAUGUAGGAUAGUAUUAACUGCAGUUUCUUGUAAGCCUAUUGAUUUUUUUUAGUGAGAGUAGUUUUUCUCAACUGUGCUUUGUACUUGUGGACUCCAAAUAAUUCUUGUUUUUUAAUCAACCAAAACCAGGAAAUAUUAAUUAGCAACUAUUAAAAUUUAAUAGUUUCAAGCUUGCAUCAUUUUUACCAAAUUUUGGUUGAACAAAUUUAAAAGUCAAAUUAGUCAAAAAAUGUCUUAACUUCUUCUUCUGUCUUAUCUCUUAUCUUCUAGGCUUGUCAGGUAUGCCGUCAAUUAUUCAGCGAUGGAAAGACUAAGCACCACUGUCGCGCCUGUGGAGGUGGGGUCUGUGAUGCAUGUUCAACCAAUAAGAAACCUGUACCAGAACGAGGCUGGGGUGAGGAACCAGUUAGGGUGUGUGACCGUUGUUUUGGAAAAACGUCAACCGUAGAGGCUCAGCCUCAACCCACAUGUGACUUAAGGUAAGGUUGUCAUUUGAAAUAAAUUAACAGCAAAACACUAAUCCAGAACUUUAACUCCCAGAAGUGAUUAACAUGUAACUUCUAUCUAUGAUAUCCAUAUGUUAUCGAGCAAAUAGGUAACAAGAGUACUCAAACUUGUCAGCCAGAUGUUUUUAUCUUGAUCUACCACCAAACUGUUGUAAUUAAUUUAGAGAGAAAUGUGUGGCAGCUAGAGGGGAGAAUUAACAAUUAGAUCGUGAGUUAAAGGGUUGAGCUUGGUUGUGAUUUCUCUUCAAUAUUAAAUACAUAUUUUGUGCUCUUUUAAACAGUGAUUUAUCAGAUGCUCUGGAAGAGGAAACUCCUCAAGAAAUUGUGCACCCUGAAGAUGACCACAGUCUGUAUUCUGAAAACCCUUUUGGACCAGUAGCUGCCCGAAAAGUAACAGAGGUUGUUCAGUCUGCUGUGGGUGUUUUAAAAACAGCCAUUGUUUACCCUAAGGGGUUCAUCACUGAUGCAGCAAGGCCAGGAUACUGGGUACCAGACUCUCAAAUUUUAGCCUGUAACUGUUGCCAAACUGAAUUCAAGGGAAGUGAUACCAAACAUCAUUGCCGAGCCUGUGGUAUGGGUGUCUGUAGCAACUGUUCAGAAAGUAGGAGACCUGUGGCUUUAAGAGGUUGGGAUCACCCAGUCAGAGUUUGUGACCAGUGUGCUGCUAAAAAAGGACAGCUUUAGGGUCAAUUUGUUUUCAGUGAGAAGCCAGCCAUGAGAAACUUCCAGCUUAUUGGCCCUUUAUGAUCAAGUUUUUAUUAAUACUGCAACCUUGUGAGGUUUAAAUCAAACUUACUUCUUCAUGGCCUUGCGUGGAGAUGGAGAACAUAAUCAUUGGCUGUGAGAUCAAGUCUGAUUUAAGUCCAUGGCAUCCUUUGUUUGAGGCCUUUUAAACCAAAACUAGAGUCUUUUGAGGGCUUUUUACGUAAAAGAAAUAAAAACCAACAAUAAGGUUAUCACAGGGGCCUGGCAGACCUAAGAAUAAUAACCCAAAAAGGCAAUGGACUCUUAAACUGAACACAUGCAAACUGUCGGAUAUGCAGGAAAAUGUUCACGAUCAGGUCUUGAUUGGUUUUUUAAGCUACUGCAUUUGAUUGAUUGAGAGGGUUUCCAGAGUUCUAUAGACCAUUCAUUGAGAGAAGCAAAGUAAAACCGGAGCAAUGCUGGUUUAAUUUGGAUGCUAAAAAAUCCUACAUUAUCCUAUUCACCUUUGCUAUCUUAGGAGAGAUCAAAUGAGUAAUUUCUCUUAACAGAAUCAAUAAAUCUAUAAACCAAAAGGUGAUGAGAGUAAAGAAAAUUAUCAAUCUUAUGAUAAAGCGAUCUUUAAUUUACUACCACCUUCUCAGAACUAACAUUGAAAGAAAUGUAUAGCGGAUGGUAAGGAGAACUUACACUGCAAUCCAGGGAGUAUAAGGGUAUAUGGGACCUACAGUGGUAGGUUCUUAGAACGUUUUGAAAAUGCUAUGCCUGAAUGUUGGAAGAGGCUACUGCUAAUUUUAUUGUACAAUAGUUAUACUUUUAAGAAAUAAUACUACAGGUGUGAGAUAUUAUAAUUCAAAAUAACUAAAUCCAACAUUUCUCUCCUUAUAAAAAGUCUGGGUGAAAUUUUUUCCAUGUAUAUUUUCAUGUUUGUAUUUCUUGUGAGCAUUUUCUUUAGUAGGCUUAUUUCUAAUUUUUGUUAGCUAAAAUUGAUUAUAAACAUUUUUCAGGCUGUUCUGUGCUUAACUUUCUUUGGGAUUUUCCCUAGUUUCCAGGCUACUUCAAUUUAUACACAUUAAGCAACUGACAAAACAGUACUUAGGACCAUUGUGACUGCUCUCACAAAAUAAACUGGCUGAGAAAUAGAAAUCAUGUGAAAGGUAAC